UUCUCAGAAAAUUUUAGGGGAUGUGAACCAAGUGAUGAGGCAAACCUGUUAACCACACUAAAUAGGAACAAGACUUCAGAGCCUUUCACACCUCCAACAUCCACAACUAUAAAUAGAUAGAUAAGAGGCAUACACAUACGCAAGAAGCUCAUUUCAGCAGGGACGUGUUGCUCUUGUUUCUGUCCGCUGCUGAGAGACAUAUAUGAUGAACACCUCUGAGUACCAAGACAACUCCUCCGUGCAUGGAUAUGAGGACUGUGGCAUCAAUCACAGCAUGGUCAAUGUGGUGGUUCCGAGCCUCUACUUCCUGCUCUUCGUCCCAGGUCUGAUGCUGAACGUCACAGUGAUGUGGAUCCUGCUGCCGCUCAGAACCGAGUCCACUUUCUUAGUGUACCUGAAGAACCUGGUGGCAGCUGACCUGCUCAUGACGCUGACACUGCCCAUCAGAGCUGCCAGCAGGCUGCCCAGUGCAUCUCUGGGGCUUCGGGCGUUCACCUGCCGUUUCGCCAGCACCCUAUUCUACUACUGCAUGGGCAUCAGCAUCGUGCUGAUGGGCCUCAUCAGCCUGGACCGCUUCUUCAAGGUCGUCCAGCCGUAUGGCCGCCUGCUCGGCCAGAACCUGCUUUUCGGCCGGACCGUCUCCAUCGCCACCUGGACAGUCAUGCUGGGGGCGGUCGCCCUGCCAAACGUGAUCUUGACCAGCGAGACACCCUCAGUAAGCUCACACAACCUCUGCAUAGACAUGAAGACCGAGGUGGGAAAGGAUUUCCAAAAGGCUGUGAUCUUGGUGCUGAACUUGCUGUUUUGGGUCAUGCUGGUUGUGAUCGGGUUCUGCUACACAUGCAUAGCCCGGGUGGUGGUCCAGUCGUACCGCAGUUCUGGGAGCACGAACGAGGAAGUGAAACGCAAGAUCAAAAUGAAGGUGUUUCUUGUACUGGGGGUCUUCCUGGUCUGUUUCACCCCGUACUUCAUCGUACAGGUCCCUUACACGCAGAUGCAGGUGGAAAACAAGCAGGAUUGCACUAGUGAAUCAAUGAAGGUGGCCAAGGACUUUACCCUCUGGCUCGCGGCCACUCAGAUCUGCCUGGACCCACUCAUCUAUUUCUUCCUGUGUAGAAGCUUCCGAGAACAGCUGUCCAACCUCCAAAUAGUCAGGAGGUUAACCACAUGACUCAGGGAUCAAUGAAAACACAUAACAUGGAUGCCUUUUUCAUUAAAGCUGUUUAUGCUAAUUGUUGUGUUUGUGUUAAAUCAUCCCUCUUCCUCAAAUGCACAUUAUUUGUCAUAAC